UGUUUAUUUAAAUAAGAAUAAAAAAAAUUUUCAAUGAAGAAAAGAUGAGUGAAAAAACGUGUCGAAUUUGUUUAAAGAAAUGCGAGAAUCUUGUUUCACUUCAAAGCUCUUGUGAAGCUUUUAAAGAAGUUAGCUAUGCAACGAUGUAUAAAUUUGUCUGUGAUAUUUCUCCACUGAAUGAUCCACAAUUUUUAUGUUUAUCUUGUACACCAUCACUUAUAACAGCUUUUGAAUUCAGAAAACGGCUUGAAGAAAAUGAGAAGACCUUGAGGCUCAUCGAUCUAAAAAGAAGUCCUUUGCAAACAGAGUUAAUUUUAUUCGAAAGCAACACAAACGAAAAUUUGGAUUGUGAACCAAUAAAUGCUGGAAAGCAAGUCAAACGUAAUCAAAAACAAGCAAAGCUCGUGGAGAAAAAGUUUGGAUGUCCAGAUUGCGAAGAAAGCUUCCCUUACUCGUACCAUCUAAAAAAACAUCGAAGAACUGUUCACAAUUAUCAACCGGAAAAUGUCACCACUAUUUGUGGUUAUUGCGGAAAACUGUGCAGUCAAAAGUCUCUCGAUAGCCACAUCAAGAACAUCCACUUCAAAUCAGAUACCGAAUUCACUUGUGACCUGUGUCAAGCCAAAGUCAGCACGAAACCCGGUCUAAUUAAUCACAUGCGGAGCAAACAUAUGGAAUUAAUUUAUUCCUGUCGAUAUUGCGAAGAGUCCUUUCCAAAUUACAGUUGUCGUCGAACACACGAAGUUCGUUUUCACACCUUCGAUUACAAGUUUACCUGCAAUUUUUGUCCCAAAAAAUUCAUGGAGCGAGUCCAAUUGCGCAAACACAUCGCUACCCAUACCGGAGAACGACGCUACCGAUGUGAAAUUUGUGCCAUGGCUUUUAUUACACUCACGAAUCUAAAACUACAUUUGGCAUCGCACUCCGACGAACGUCCUCAUUGUUGCCAAAUUUGCAAUGCUUCGUUCAAGACACGAAUGGCGCUGAAGAAACACGACAGAAUCCACAAUGAACGAGAUUAUGAGUGUCCCGUUUGCUGUUUGAAGUAUUUAGUUAAUCAGCAAUUGAGGCUUCAUAUCAAGAGGAAUCAUCCGGAGUAUCCGUUGCCGCCUCCAGGUACGGUUAUGAACAAAAGUGCCCUGAAAAGGAUAAAUGCGGUAGCGGAGAAAUAUAAAGUGCAAGUUAGUCCAUCAGUUGGACUAAGUAGUCGAAAAAACAGUAUUUAAUUUAUUUGUAAAAGAAAAAAAUAAUAAAAAACAAAAAAAAAUAAAAAUAAAAACCAAAUUGGCUUUG